AUGAAUUAAUGUGCAGGAGUAAUUAUAGAUGAAUAAGAUGAAUCAAGAAAAUAUGGAACCCCUAAUAGUGAUUUACAUAUAAUAGUUGUAGCAUCAGAUUAAUCAAACUCGUUUUAUGCGAGUGCCACUGUUUGUCAAAUGCUUCCUCGUCCUUCACAUGGUAAAAUAGAUCUAAAUAAAUAAAAUUUUAAUGGAAUAAAUUUUAAUGAAGGAAAGUUCAAUAGAUAUACAUAACUUAUUAUUCAUGAAGUAAUUCACUUAUUGGGCUUUUCUGAUAAUAUAUAUCCUUACUUCAUAAACAAAGCUACUGGCAAAUACUACUCCUUACAAGAAAUCUUAAUAACUAAAUAAGUAAGAGGAUUAUCUACCUAAUUUAUAAAAACACCUAAAGUAUUAAAAGCAGUAAAAGAACUUUAUGCAUGUGAAGAUGCUGAAGGAAUGAAAUUAGAAAAUUAAGGAACUUCAAGUAGUGUAGGCUCUCAUUGGGAAAAGGCUAUAGCUUCAAACGAGAUUAUGGGACCUUCUUUAGUUUAAGGAAUCGCUUAUAUUACAAAAACAACUAUUGCUCUUUUAGAUGACAGUGGAUUUUAUGAAAGUGUUAAUUAUGAUAUGGCUAAAAUAAAUGCAGGAUAUGAUUUAGGAUGUGACUUCUUUUAUUUAGCUUGCAAAAGUUAAACUUAAAAAUAUGAUGUUUUUUGUAGUGGUUAUGAUUCUUGUGAUGAUUUUAAUACAGGAUAUUCAACUUGUAUUUCCUCUUAAUAUAGUGAUGGUUGUAAUAUUUAUUAAACAAUAUCAAAAUCCUAAUGCAAUAACCCUAAUAAUUCUCAUCCUUUGUAAGAUUAAUAUUCUGGAGAAAUGGAACUGGAACGUUGA